UCACUCUGUCAACAUGGAAGAAGGCGACGACUACGGCACCGGGGGCCUGAUGGAUGACCCCGAGGAUUACUACCCCUCCACGCCUCCCCCGACGACGCAAAUCUUCACCAUGGGAAGCGGCAAGGAGAUUGUUCUACACCUGGUUGGCCACAGCCCUACGGAGGCGCAUCACCUGUGGAACGGCGCAAAGAUCAUAUCAGACUACUUCGAGGAGGACCCUGCGCGGGUACGGGGCAAGAGUGUGCUGGAGCUCGGGGCCGCGUCGGGACUCCCGUCGCUGGUGGCUGGCAUCCUGGGUGCGAAGAAGGUCGUCAUGACCGAUUUCCCGGAUCCGGAUCUCGUCAUGAACAUGCAGAAGAACAUUGACGAGUGCGACGAGACAACGGAACCAAAGGGGCAUAUUGCCAAGACGAUUGAUGCGACUGGAUUUGUCUGGGGAGGAGACCCGGCGCCUCUCCUUGCCCGUCUUUCAUCUGGCGAGAAUGGCUCAAGUGCUACUGCGACGACAGAGGAGCGCUUCGACGUCUUGAUUCUCGCGGACCUGCUGUUUCGGCACUCGGAGCACGGCGCCCUGGUCAAGACGAUUCGGGAGACAAUGAAGGUGUCGCAGGCGAGCGCGGCGUACGUCUUCUUCACCUCGUACCGGCCGUGGAAGAAGGACCUGGACAUGGGCUUCUUCGACGUGGCGCGAGAGGCUGGGUUUGAGGUGGAGCAGGUUUUGGAGAAGAAGCUGGAGAAGCCGCUGUUUGAGAAUGAUCCGGGCGAUUUGGAUGUGCAGAAGACGGUCAAGGGGUUCGUCGUGCGGUGGCCGGAAAUUAUAGCGGAAACUAGUUUUCGACAUGCAUUCGAUCCUCCAGAGCUUCUAUGUUACCCAGCCCCGCAUUCAGUUGAUAUAAGGCUGCUCCAUCAUCUUGCCACCAUGUCAGCACAAACCUCCUCCUCCUCCUCCUCCUCCUCCUCCCCGAAGCUCUCCCAGCUCCAAGCCAACGGCUUCGUCGUCGUCAAAUCCAUCCUCGCCCCCUCCCAGCUGUCCCUCCUCCGCGCCGCAAGCCUCGAGGCAGCGAGCCUCGCCCGCGCCGGCAAAUGGCCGCACGUCCGCACCAUAGGCAAGCAGUUCCCGCCCUGGGACCCGGCAGACGCCCCGUCGCACGGCAUCUGGGGCGUGCAGCACCUGAUGCACCCGCAGCUGCCGGGCCACGCGGCCUUUGCGGCGCUGUACUUCUCCGAGGAGAUCCUGGGCAUCGUCAAGGAGCUGUUGGAAUGCAAGGACGACGAGCUGGUGAUGGAGCUGUUCAACAUGCUCGUGCGGCCGGACAAGGGUGACUUCGAGCUGCGCUGGCACCGCGACGACAUCCCCGCGGAGGCGUCGGCGGAGGAGGAGCUGGAGAGGCUGGGGAGGCCUGCGUUCCACGCGCAGUACAACCUCGCGCUGUGGGAGGACGAGUCGCUCGUUGUGGUGCCGGGGUCGCAUGCGCGCGCGCGGACGGAGGCGGAGCGGGCGGCGGGGCCGUUUGAGAGGGCGUUGCCGGGACAGCUGGUGGUGAGGCUGGAGCCGGGGGAUAUCGUGUUUUAUAACAACAACAUCCUGCACAGGGGGGUGUAUGACUGCGGGAGGGAGAGGGCGACGCUGCACGGGUCGGUGGGACACGUGGGCGGGAGCAGGCUGAGGGCGAGGAACGUGCUGCAGCAUGGGGUUGGGGACUGGGGGAUGAGGGAGCGGCUGGUGAGGAUGGGGGGCGAGAGUGGUGAGGUUGGGUAUUCGCUGGAGGGGUGA